AUGUGUAGUCAGAAGGCACAUCAACCCCUUUUUGUCCUUAAACAGCAUAGCAGCGCUGUCAUGACCUGUGCCAUGGAUGAGCAGCAGGUGUUUACACGGCUUUUGCUGAGCGGUGAUGGCGACGGCGUUGUCAAGUUGUGGGAUCUUGAGCUGCGCGCACCUUUGCUGUCGUUUCACGCGGUCAACAGGGCCUCUUUGGCUGCGGAGACCAACAUCCAAGGGGAGGCGACGCCUGCCUUUUUUGCGAACACUGGUGUACUAAAGGUUGGAUUCCUCACUUUUCAGGGGGUGGACGCCGCGGCAAGCGGGGAGGGGGAGACUAUCUGUUUCUACACCCAAUGCAGGAAUCGGCACGUUUACGUUUGGAGAGCCGUUUUGCGCUGCGAUGACGAGGAUGAUGACGUUGAGGAGCUUGAUGCGACCGAAGUUGGAGGGGCGUCUGUGGAGUUGUUGCACACUAUCAACGUGCCACAGCAUGGAUUUUGUGCCGUGCCUUGUGUUUCCGUCUCUUGCAGGGAGCUGCAGUUGGCGAUUCCGCACGACACGGAUGGAAUGAUCAGUUUGUGGAGUAUCGGUUUACUUGACGGCGACGGAGCGAAUCGUGUGGGUGUGUGCGUGAGAUGCAGCAAAACAUUUUCGGCAUCUGGGGUGGGGGCAAGGUGUGGGAUGGUUAUGUGUAUCAACUACAGGGACAGUGCUCAUUUUGCUGUCGCGUUUGAGAGUGGACAUGUGACACUGAAUAACGUCGCUGGAGGGCGGCUUGCCAUCGUUCGCGCCUUUGCAGAAACGGCGUUAACGUGUGUGUGGUCUGGCAGCGUCCUCCUUUGUACCUCUGCGGAUGGACAACUCCACUGCUACGCUGUUUUGAGCCAAGAGGAUGCGCAGCGCGGCACUCACUGCAGCGAGGCAGAUGACAUCAUGUCUCUUGCCAUACAGUGGGAGGUCUCCCUACGCAAGGGCUUAGGUAGCGUGGCGCUGCAGCGACACUUGGCUGUGGUAGGGUCAUGGGAUCACACGAUGCGUCUGUAUGAUGAGGGUUCGGGACGCGUCGUAUCCAUCUUGACAUACCACAGUGGCCCUGUCAAUGAAGUCGCUCUGGUGCCUGCGUCGUCGGCGGAGCGUGCCGCGUUUGGGUAUGACGUGCGACGCCCACGCUGGUGCGGUGCAGCAAACGGCAAGACCAAGCAAGAGGAAGACUCCGUCUAUCUUUUUGCCUCGGCCAGCGGAGAUUUCACGAUUGCCAUCUGGCGGCUGGAUUUUAGGCUGCUGCGUGCGGCGGAGGUGAGUGCUGUGUGA